AAUCUGUGCACCAAGGAGAGCUAUGACUACCUGAAGACACUCGUCCCCCCCCCCCCCCCCAAACGCCAUCUGAGCCAUCUCCUUUUCGCGCAGUUGGUCCUGGUGCUCGGCGACCUGCACAUUCCGCACCGGUGCAACACCCUGCCAGCCAAGUUCAAGAAGCUUCUGGUGCCUGGAAAGAUCCAACACAUCCUCUGCACGGGGAAUCUGUGCACCAAGGAGAGCUAUGACUACCUGAAGACACUCGCCGGGGAUGUCCACAUCGUGCGUGGGGACUUUGACGAGAACCUGAACUACCCGGAGCAGAAGGUGGUGACGGUGGGCCAGUUCAAGAUCGGCCUGAUCCACGGCCACCAGGUGAUCCCGUGGGGGGACAUGGCCAGCCUGGCGCUGCUGCAGAGGCAGCUGGACGUGGACAUCCUCAUCUCGGGACACACGCACAAGUUUGAGGCCUUUGAGAACGAGAACAAGUUCUACAUCAAUCCCGGGUCCGCCACCGGAGCCUACAGCGCGCUAGAAAGCAAUAUAAUCCCGUCAUUCGUGCUUAUGGACAUCCAGGCGUCCACGGUGGUGACGUAUGUCUACCAGCUGAUCGGAGACGACGUCAAGGUGGAAAGAAUCGAGUACAAAAAGUCUUAAGAAGCAGGACCAGAUGUUCCAUUCCUUUCCGCUAGGGGGCAGUGUCAGCCCUGUAAUAUAUUGUUCAUAUUUUUUUUUUCACCCCUCACUUGUGUUGGGAGUUUAGUCAUUGUACUGAAUACAAACAUUUCUUUCACGUGCUAAUUUAGCUUCCUUCUCCAUUUCUUUCUUUCCACGUCGGACAAAAUAAAGGACUUCACUCUA